UUUAGAUCACGAAAUAACAAAAAUUCCGUGGAAAAGUAGACCGAAACAACAUUAUCGUACUCUUCAUUAUACAGUAUGCCGAUGUCAGUACAAGAUCACAGUAAACGUCGUGUUGCUUAUUACUAUGAUGCGAACGUUGGAAAUUAUUAUUAUGGACAAGGUCAUGUGAUGAAGCCUCAUCGUAUUCGAAUGACUCAUCAUCUUUUACUCAAUUACGGUAUCUACAGAAAUCUGGAAGUUUAUCGCCCAUUUCCAGCAACAUUUGAAGAGAUGACACGAUUUCAUACAAAUGAAUACAUGAUGUUUUUGCGAACGGCUACACCGGAUAACUUGAAACAGUUCAAUAAACAAAUGUUGAAAUUCAAUGUUGGUGAAGAUUGUCCAGUUUUCGAUGGCUUAUUUGAGUUUUGUCAGCUCUCUUGUGGUGGUUCUUUAGCAGCUGCAGUAAAGCUAAACAAACGGAAAGCCGAUAUAGCAAUAAACUGGAUGGGUGGUUUGCAUCAUGCAAAAAAGAGUGAAGCCAGUGGCUUUUGUUACACAAAUGAUAUUGUCCUGGGCAUUCUUGAACUUCUCAAAUAUCACAAAAGAGUACUUUACGUUGACAUUGAUGUGCAUCAUGGUGAUGGUGUUGAAGAGGCUUUCUAUACUACGGAUCGAGUGAUGACGUGUUCUUUUCAUAAAUAUGGUGAUUUUUUCCCAGGGACGGGAGAGUUGAAAGAUAUCGGUGCUGGAAGAGGGAAAUAUUAUGCAGUUAAUGUACCUUUGAGAGAUGGUAUCACUGAUGAGUCGUAUCAGAGCAUCUUUGUUCCGGUCAUGGAGAGAGUUAUGGAAACAUUCCAGCCGUGUGCUGUAGUUUUGCAGAACGGAGCUGAUUCUUUGAAUGGCGAUCGCUUAGGCACUUUUAAUCUUACUUUAAGAGGUCAUGGUGCUUGUGCCCGAUUCUUCCGGGAGCGACACAUUCCGCUAAUGAUGUUGGGUGGCGGUGGCUACACGCCAAGAAAUGUGGCUCGGUGCUGGACUUACGAGACUUCAAUUGCUGUUGAUAUGGAAGUCUCUGAUGAUCUUCCGUAUAACGAUUAUUUCGAAUAUUUCGGACCGCAUUAUCGACUUCAUAUCGAUCCCUCAAAUGCUAAUAAUGAGAACACCCCUGAAUUCCUAAAGAAGAUUCAAGAAGGAGUAAUGGAGAACUUGCGACAUUUACCACAUGUUCCAAGUGUGCAAAUGCAGCCGAUCGGUGAUGAAUCUUUUACCGAAAAAUGUCUUAAUGCCGAAGAAGCUGAUCGUGACAAUGCUAAUCCGGAUGUCCGGCAACACCACACUGUGUUGGAUGCGUCUAUUGAAGACCAGGGCGAAUUCUACGAUAAUGAGAAAGAAGGAGGUGAUAUAAGAAAUGAACAGUCUUUCAAACGUUCCGGAUCAGAAACUGAGACUUGCGAUGCUGAAGUAGCAAAGAAGCCAAAAAUGGAGGGAUAAAACAGUAUCGUAACUUAUUCGGAAUGAAAAUUCGUGGUUCAGGACUCCAUGAUGGAACACUGUAAAAUUCCAUUCACAUUUUCGAUUAUCAGAAGUUUGGAAUCAUGAUUUUCGUAACUUCUGGGCUGAUCUCAGUUUUUUAGAGUUUCUUGAUUUAUCUAUUUUUAUGAAAUUUACAUUUUCAGUAGUGUGGUUUUAGGUCCGUUCAAGUGAUUGUGUUUUUUUUUCUUUUGCUUGUAGAGAUGGUAAAUUGAUUGGUUUAUUUUGCAAGUUAUUACAUUUUUUGUCAUGUGUAACUCCAAGUUUUUCCGUUUUUUACAUUAUUCAUGAAUUUUUAUUCAUGAAUUAGAGCAGCAAACGCUCGCCCAAACAUAUAUAAUAUCGUUGUUUCUAUUUUCCAAGGAAAGAUAUUACUCAUGAAUCAAAUUAAAAAGAAGAAGG